AUGAUAACGAGCAACCAAACUAUUGUCUCCAAGUUCUUCCUCCUGGGCCUGCCCAUCCCUGCAGAGUACCAGAACCUGUUCUAUGCCCUGUUCCUGGCCAUGUACCUCAUCACUGUCCUGGGAAACCUCAUCAUCAUCAUCCUCAUUCUACUGGACUCCCAUCUCCACACACCCAUGUACUUUUUUCUUAGCAACUUGUCCUUCUCUGACCUCUGCUAUUCCUCUGUCACAAUGCCCAAAUUGCUGCAGAACAUGCAGGGCCAGGACCCAUCCAUCACCUAUGUAGGUUGUCUAGCACAAAUGUACUUUUUAAUGGUUUUUGCAGACAUGGAGAACUUCCUUCUUCUGGCCAUGGCCUAUGACCGCUAUGUGGCCAUCUGCUUCCCACUCCAUUACACCAGCAUCAUGAGCCCUAAGCUCUGUGUGUGUCUGGUAGUGUUGUCCUGGGUAUUUACCAUGCUGUAUUCCAUGUUACACACUGUACUCUUUGCUAGAUUGUCAUUCUGUGGGGACAACAUGAUCCCUCAGUUUUUCUGUGACAUAUCUGCCUUGUUCAAGUUGGCCUGCUCUGACACUUAUAUUAAUGAACUAUUGAUAAUUAUCUUGGGAGGGCUCAUUAUUGGCAUCCCAUUCUCACUCAUCAUUGUGUCCUAUGUACAAAUUGUCUGCUCCAUCCUCAAGAUUUCAUCUACUCGGGUUAUCCACAAGAUCUUCUCAACUUGUGGCUCCCACCUGUCUGUGGUCUCACUGUUCUAUGGAACAAUUAUUGGUCUAUACAUAUGUCCAUCAGGUAAUAACUCCACUGUGAAGGAGACAGCCAUGGCCAUGAUGUACACAGUGGUGACUCCCAUGCUGAAUCCCUUUAUCUACAGCCUGAGAAACAGAGAUAUGAAAGAGGCCUUGAGGAUGGUUAUUUGCAAAAAGAAAAUCUCUUUAUAA